AUGAAUUCUCAGAAAGAGCACCCCUCUGUCGAUGCUCAUCCGCCGUCUACUCACUUGCUUUUAGAAAAACCUCGAAAAUGGACACCUGCGCACGUUCAAGCCGCGAAUGUCAAGCUGAUUCCCCACGUGUCCGCUGAAAAGCUGGUGGACUCGCAUUAUUUCCCCAAAGAUGGCGAUAAAGGGUUCAAAAGAUCCGUUGGGUUAUUCAGUAAGAGUGUUUUUGACCAGGAUUGCACCGACAAUAGGGAGGAUCGAUUUCGCUUCGGGCGUAUUCUCGGCAUUUUCGAGGAAGUCUUGGAAGUACCAGUUCCCUCACAUCUUCAUCCUCAUAUUGAAUUCCUCCAAUCUAUCAUAGAGGCGAGUUUUUUGAUCAAGGGGGGAUGGGAGUUGAGCGUGCGACAAUCCUCAAAAAUUCUCCCUCGAUAUACUUCAUUUAAGUAUUUGUAA